CUAUUACAGAUCAUUUCCUUAGCCGCCAUCAUAGCUAGCUGCAGUGCUAGCAUAGGCCACACUCACAUAGCACCAGCAGUCAGAUCCUUCCCCAUCGUUAGAUACGCUCCGUUCUACAACUUCCCACACGGCAUCAGAUCCAUCCACGCUGUAGCACCUGCCCCGCUAGCCGCUGUAGCGCCAGCACCUGUGUUGCCAGCACCGCUGCCCGCUCCAGUGUUUCCGGCGCCAGUACCAGCCCCAGUAUUACCAGCGCCAGCACCAUUCUUCGCGCCUGCUGUACCGAGAUUAGCGCCUGCGGUUCCAGCGUUCCCGGCUCCUGUAUUUGCGCGAGCUCUACCAGUGCCCGCGCCUGUUCCUUUUGCGCCCAUUGUGAGGCCAGCUUAUGCGCCAGCUCCCGUAUUUGCACCUGCCCCGGUGGCACCAGGUCCUGUAUUUGCACCUGCCCCGGUGGCACCAGCUCCUUUAUUUGCACCUGCUCCUGCUCCAGUAUUAGCCCCGGCUCCAGCCCCAGUCUUUGCGCCAGCGCCUAUUCCUGUGGCAAGAGCAGUACCCCACCUGCACCUGUACAACAGGUUCCUCGCGCCAGCUCCGCUGGCGCCGGCACCUGUCGCGUGGAAAUGAAUCUAGUCUGACAAUAGUAGUUAUAUUAAAAUUAAAUCGAUUUAGUUAAGUUAGUAGGUUUUGUA